AUGGGUUUCCUGAUUCUGGCCCUCUGCUCAACCUCUUGGCUCAAAACAGGAUCAUUUCGAACGGGACUCUUCAAAGAAUGCACAUCAUCAAACGAACCAACACACGCUGCUCCAUUCCCUGGUGCCCCCGCACCAGGUCAUUGCCAUGGUCCAUCUAGAAAUCAAGGAUUCCUGAUCGCCGCCGCUGUUCUUCUUUUUGUUGCUCUGGCCUGCACACUUUUCGCCUCAAUUUUCAAUAUCGUCGGACUCAGUAAAUCGGAUGUCCGUGGAAAAUAUCGGUGGUACAAGUUGGCAACUGUUUUGUCCGGUUUCGCAGCAGCCUUCUACGUUAACAUGAAUGAAUACGGUAGCCGUCGAAAUUGGGAAGUCGAUUGGUCUUAUGGAAUCGCUUGGGGAGCAGCUUUUUUCACUCUCGGAUCCGUGGUGAUGUUGGUUUGUGAUAAGGACCACGAGCAAGUUUAUUAUAAAGAGAAGACAACUUUCAAUCCACCACCAGAGCUUUUGGAGCGAUAA